AUGCUCCCAACCACUGCUCAACGCGCCUCAGUUGAGAAGACUGCUUGUUGGAAGACGUUCAUCGUCAAGUUUCCAUCUGCCGACGCUGGCGCUCCUAUUCUCGACGCAACUCCUUCCUCUCCAGCAUAUACCUUGUAUGCGAACGCACUCAGCCCAGAGAGUAGUUUGGCUGAGGCAAACAUCUAUUAUUCUUUCACAUCAGAGCGGGACUGGAAGGUUGGACGAUGGGGGAAGUUGCGAGGCCCAGGGUCAACAGCGCUAGACGAACUUCUAGCCAUCGAGGGGGUGGCAGAACGUCUUGCGCUGUCCUUCAAUACUUGGCGCAAGCUCAAUAAGCUUGUCGACACCCAUCUCCCUCCCGCACGCCCGCGGUUCCAGAGGCACGAGAUUGUUGUCGCCGGAGAGGCGUUCGAAGUCUUCUUCCGCGAUGUUUUAGCCUGCAUCGAAUCUCUCUUCUCAGAUCCGGAGUUCGCGCCUAUUCUAUUGCUUGUGCCGGAGCGGCACUAUGCAGAUGCAGACAAGACCAUCCGAGUUUAUUUUGACAUGAACACUGGCAAGUGGUGGUGGUCGACGCAGAAGCAACUUGAACAAGAGAAACCCGGUGCCACAGUCGUCCCCGUAAUUAUCUCAUCAGACAAAACCCAGCUGACCACCUUCGGAAACAAAACCGCUUACCCCGUCUACAUGACACUUGGCAAUUUACCCAAGGACAUUCGCUGCAAACCAUCGGGUCGCGGCCAAAUUUUGCUUGCGUACCUCCCUACGUCCCGUCUUCUCCAUAUCAAGAAUAAGGCCACGCGCCGCCGUACCUUAGCCAACCUAUUCCACACCUGCAUGACACGAAUUUUGGCGCCUCUCACCUCCGCAGGAGUGAACGGAAUGGAGCUGGUCAGUGGGGAUAGUCUCAUUCGUCGUGGACAUCCUAUUCUUGCGACCUACGUUGGAGAUUACCCCGAGCAGGUCCUGGUGACCGGGUGCAAGAUGGGCGAGUGUCCGAAGUGCACCAUCGGACGUCAUGAGGUCGGUGCCUCCCAUGAGCCCUCCCAGCCUCUCUGGGACCUCGGAAAGGUCCUCGACACCCUUGCUGCACUUGACGAAGGUCCUCGCGCAUUCGCAAGUGCGUGUCGGGAGGUUGGAAUCAAGCCCAUCUCCCAUCCGGACUUGGAGGACUUGGCCAAGUACCUGGUACUUGGCCAAGUCGACCCACCCGACUUGGCCAAGUCCAUUGGACUUGGGGUACUUGAGGUACUUGGGAUACUUGAGGUACUUGGCCAAGUACCCCAAGUACCUGUACAAGUCCGUGACGUUUUCCUGAUGUCGUGGAUCCAGGCGAGAAGGUAUCUUGCCAAAACUGGCAAAGAACACCAGGACAUCUCUCGGAUUCUGCUCGGACUUGUGAUUGGACUUCCUCUGCCCGGCGGUCUCUCCUCCGCUCGCCUUGUGCGAGCCACGCAUGCUCUCCUUGACUUCUUAUAUCUUGCUCAGUAUCCGACUCACACCACAAGGACCCUUGACCUCCUCGAAGAACAUCUCCAGGCCUUCCAUGCGAACAAGAGCAUUUUCGUUGACCUCGGCAUCCGCACGCACUUCGAGCUUCCCAAGCUCCAUUCCCUCGACCACUAUCGCCACUCUAUAGAGCUCUUCGGAACAACAGACAACUACGACACCCAGUAUUCCGAACGCCUACACAUCGACUUUGCUAAGGAUGCAUAUCGCGCCACAAACAAGAAGGACGAACUCACGCAGAUGACGGUUUGGCUCGAGCUCAAGGAGAAGAUCUUGCGACACGAGAAGUAUAUCGAGUGGCGUUUGAAACAGCUCAAUUUGAUUUCAACAGGAACCGCAUCUGUCCCGCAAGAUUCUGUCAAUGUACCUCCGCUCCCUCCUGUCGUUGAUAUUCCCGAGUCAUCAGCAGAUUACGGCGCGAGCUACUUUCGUGACACACUUGCCCGUUACAUUGUCAAGACCACCAACCCGGCGUUGACGGUUCAGCAAGUUGAAUACAAGUCCUCGCGUAUAUUCCUCCAAUUUCAGACUCUGCCGGUCUAUCACAAGGUCAAGUUAUGGAUCGUGGACCCCGAUGGCUUAGCAGCACCUGGGACAGAAACCCGCGAUGUUGUACAUGCCCCCGCGACACGCACAACAAGGCGUGGAACAACGCUACCUGGCCGAUUCGACACUGCACUAAUCAAGGUACCCAUCCCAGCAUCUAAUGAGCCUCUUGCGCGCGUGCGCAUAGUCUUCAAAAUUCCAGAGCGCGGUCUACAGGACUUGUUCCCGCACAUAGCACAUGACAAACGCCCGCAACACUUAGCAUAUAUAGAGUUGUUCACUGACCUAGAUACCAAGGGCAUUGACCAUGGACUGUACAAGAUUUCUCCAGCUUCAAACGGACAGGGUCAACAUCUAGCCGUGAUCAUACCUGUCGAGGAUAUUGAGCGUAGCUGUCAUCUGAUACCGCAUUUUGGACCUGUUGCGCCCCGUGAAGGCACUUCUCACAACGUCUUGGACAAAUGUACUACACUGUACCUCAAUUCUUUUGCAGAUCGUAAUACAUAUAAGCUGAUUUAUUGA